CCUGUGAAGAGUGAAGAUGAUGAAGAGGAAGCUCAGUCCUCACAGCUUCAUCAAAGACAAACUCAACACAUGGAAACAGAAGCUGAUGGAGAGGACUGUGGAGGACCAGAACCAGCCAGGAACUCACAUCCACAUUUACAACCAGAAACUGAAGACCAGACUGGAGACUCUUCUGAACCUGAGACUGAUGACAGUGCUGAUUGGAAGGAGACCAGAGAACCUCAGUCAGCUUUGAACUCUCGGAAACAUGAUUUAAGACAUAAGAAAACAUUCAGCUGCUCUGAGUGUGGGAGAAGAUUUGGCACCAGGGGACUUCUGUAUGAUCACAUGAGAAUCCACCCAAGAGAGAAAAAAUACAGCUGCAGUGUUUGUAACAAGAGAUUUAUCUGGCGUCAACAGGUCAGAAGACAUGAAUGCGUCAACCUUCAGUCGUCACAGCUUCAUCAGAGUCAAACGGAGGAGAACAGAGAGACAGAGCCUCCAGCCAGCAGAGAAACUCAACACAUGGAAACAGAAGCUGAUGGAGAGGACUGUGGAGGACCAGAACCUGCCAGGAACUCACAUCCACAUCCUCUUUUACAACAAGAGACUGAAGACCAGACUGGAGACUCUUCUGAACCUGAGACUGAUGACAGGGCUGAUUGGAAGGAGACCAGAGAUCCUCAGUCAGCUUUAAACUCUCUGAAACAUGAUUCAACAUGUAAGAAGACAUUCAGCUGCUCUGAGUGUGGGAAAAGAUUUGGCUUCAAGUCACAUCUGAAGAAACAUAUGAGAUUCCACACAGGAGAAAAACCUUUUAGCUGCUCAGUCUGUAAGCAAUCUUUUACACAGAGUGGAAAUUUACAGAAACACAUGAAAACUCACACAGGAGAAAAACCUUUCAGCUGCUCAGUUUGUAAGAAAUCUUUUAAAGAGAGAGGACAUUUAAGGUCACACAUGGCAGUCCACACAGGAGAGAAAAGAUUCAGCUGCAGUGUUUGUAACAAAAGAUUUUCCCGGCGUUCUGAUGUCAAAACACAUAAAUGUGUUGGUCCGAUGGAAACAGAAGCUGAUGGAGAGGACUGUGGAGGACCAGAACCAGCCAGGAACUCGCAUCCACUUUUACAACCAGAGACUGAAGACCAGACUGGAGACUCUUCUGAACCUGAGGCUGAUGACAGUGCUGAUUGGAAGGAGACCAGAGAACCUCAGUCAGCUUUAAACUCUCUGAAAAAUACUAAAAUCCUGGUAAGCCAUACGACUGAUACUGCUGGGAAAAAACUGUUAAGGGGCUCUGAGUGUUGGAAAAGACUUGGCUGCAAGACACUUGCGUCUUGCACGGUCAAAAAGAAGAUUCUGUUCAGCUGCAGCGUUUGUGACCAAAGUUUCACCUGGUACAAACAGCUCAGGGACCAUCAGUGUGUCGGUGGUCAGAAUGAAACUGAGGAGAACAGAGAGGCAGCUGAAGACAUAGAAACAGAUGGAGACGACUGUGGAGGACCAGAACCAGCCAGGAACUCGCAUCCACUUUUACACCCAGAGACUGAAGACCAGACUGGAGACUCUUCUGAACCUGAGACUGAUGACAGUGCUGAUUGGAAGGAGACCAGAGAACCUCAGUCAGCUUUAAACUCUCUGAAACAUGAUUCGACAUGCAGUGAGUAUUAAAAUCCUUGAAGGUCU